AUGGCGACGGGGCAGCACGAGGCACCUACGGUAGUUGAGGUCGGCUCGACUGGGCAGUUUGAGGAGCUGCUGCGCCUCAGGGCCAAGUCCCUGGUGGUGGUGCAUUUCUGGACGCCAUGGGCCCCACAGUGUACCCAGAUGAACCAGGUGAUGCUGGAGCUGGCCCAGGAGCAGCCUCAGGUGUCCUUCUUGAAGCUGGAAGCUGAGGCUGUCCCGGAAGUGUCGGAGAAGUACAACAUUAGUUCAGUGCCUACCUUUCUGUUCUUCAAGAACUCUCAGCAGAUUGACCGACUCGAUGGAGCGCACGCCCCUGAGUUGACCAAAAAGGUCCAUCGGCAUGCGUCCAGCAGCACCUUCCCACCCAGCACCAAGGGGUCCAUGCAGGAAGACCUCGUCCUCCGUCUCCAGAAGCUGACCACCGCUGCCCCCUGCAUGCUCUUCAUGAAAGGGACGCCUCAGGAGCCGCGCUGCGGUUUCAGCAAACAGAUGGUGGAAAUUCUUAAGAAGCAUAGCAUUCAGUUUAGCAGUUUUGACAUCUUCUCAGAUGAAGAGGUUCGUCAGGGUCUCAAAACCUAUUCCAAUUGGCCCACCUACCCUCAGCUCUACGUGUCUGGCGAGCUUAUAGGAGGACUUGAUAUUAUCAAGGAGCUAGAAGCAUCAGGAGAACUCGAUACGAUUUGCCCCAAAGUGCCCAAACUAGAGGACAGGCUCAAAGUGCUGAUCAACCAAGCCGCCGUGGUACUGUUUAUGAAGGGGGACAAGCAGGAAGCAAAAUGCGGAUUUAGCAAACAAAUUCUGGAAAUCCUAAAUAGUACUAAUGUCGACUAUGAGACGUUUGACAUCCUUAAGGACGAGGAGGUACGGCAAGGGUUAAAAGAGUACUCCAACUGGCCCACAUACCCUCAGCUCUACGUGCAAGGGGAGCUCGUUGGAGGACUGGACAUUGUUAAGGAACUGAAAGAAAACGGGGAAUUGUUGCCUAUACUGAAAAGAGAAAAUUAA